AGCAGUUGGAGCCCUUCCUUUGACCUGCUUCGCCAGGGGCUUGUUUUCUGACUGGGAGAGAUGACUCCAGCCUGGAGACACCUGCUGAGAGCUUGGUACCUGCAGACCUCCUCUUCCAGGAUCCCCAAGAUGUGCCCUUCCUUGAGCCGUGCUUUCCGGACAUCUGUGACUAAGCUUGGUCUUCAUACAAAACACAGAAUGCCUCCCUGUGACUUCACACCUGAAAAAUACCAGUCCCUCGCCUAUGAACGUGUCCUGGAGAUCCACAGUCAACACCUCGCUCCCAUGUCGACGGCAUAUUUCCCGAAGCCUUUGUUGCUUCACCAGGGUCACAUGGAAUGGCUGUUUGAUUAUGAGGGAAACAGAUACCUGGACUUCUUUUCUGGGAUUGUCACUGUCAGUGUCGGUCACUGCCACCCGAAGGUGAACGCAGUGGCACAAAAGCAGCUGGGCCGCCUGUGGCACACAAGUUCCCUCUUCUUCCACUCUCCAAUCCACGAGUUCGCAGAGAAGCUUUCGGCACUUCUUCCUGAGCCUCUAAAGGUCAUUUUCUUGGUGAAUAGUGGUUCAGAGGCCAAUGAUCUAGCCAUGCUGAUGGCCAGAGCACACUCAAACAGCACAGACAUUAUUUCCUUCAGAGGAGGCUACCAUGGGUGCAGUCCUUACACACUUGGCCUGACCAACGUAGGGCCCUACAAGAUGGAGCUCCCCAGUGGGACAGGCUGCCAAUCAACAAUGUGCCCAGAUGUUUUCCGUGGCCCUUGGGGAGGAAGCCACUGUCGAGAUUCUCCGGUGCAAACAAUUAGGAAAUGCAGCUGUGCACCAGACUGCUGCCAAGCGAAAGACCAGUAUAUUGAACAGUUCAAAGAUACUCUGAACACUUCUGUGGCCAAAUCAAUUGCUGGAUUUUUUGCAGAGCCAAUUCAAGGGGUAAAUGGAGUCGUCCAGUAUCCAAAGGGGUUUCUACAGGAAGCCUUCGAGUUGGUGCGGGAGCGGGGAGGCGUGUGCAUCGCAGAUGAGGUGCAGACAGGAUUUGGAAGACUGGGCUCUCACUUCUGGGGCUUCCAAACCCAUGGCAUCCUGCCAGAUAUUGUCACCAUGGCUAAAGGGAUUGGGAACGGCUUUCCCAUGGCAGCAGUUGUGACAACCCCAGAGAUUGCCAAGUCUCUGGCUACACGCCUUUUUCACUUCAACACCUUUGGAGGGAACCCCAUGGCCUGUGCCAUUGGGUCAGCGGUGCUCGAGGUGAUUAAAGAAGAAAAGCUACAAGAAAACAGUCAUGACGUUGGCACCUACAUGCUACAGAAGUUUGCUGAGCUGCGGGAUGAGUUUGAGAUUGUCGGAGAUGUCCGAGGCAAAGGCCUCAUGAUAGGAAUAGAAAUGGUGAAGGACAAGGUGAGCUGCCAGCCUCUUCCCCGGGAAGAAGUCAAUGAGAUCCAUGACGACUGCAAACGCAUGGGGCUUCUAAUUGGCCGAGGCGGCAUUUUUGCCCAGACAUUCCGCGUCGCGCCCUCCAUGUGCAUCACUAAACCAGAUGUUCAUUUUGCAGUGGAAGUAUUUCGGUCUGCCUUAAUCCAACACAUGGAGAGAAGAGCUAAAUCAAACUUUUAAAAAUAAAAUCCAUAAGCUUCAAGAACUUCCCACUUCUGUUCAAGGGUUAAUUGGAGGAAUUCCAUUACAUAAUUGGUGUAAGUUGUAUAAGACCUGGUUGACGGCUCACCAGCCAAAUGUGUUACCAGAGCCCCCAUUAUCUUGAGAAACCCAUCCUUCAAGAAAGGAUCUUUAGCCCUAACUCAGAGAAUAAAUCCUAAUUAUCUAGGUUGGUUAUGGUCAUUUAGUUUCCCUUGCCAGAGAUUGGUUUAUGCAUCACGUGUGACGAGACUUGGGGACAACGAAUCCUGAAAGAAAAUAUUUUGGUGGAGAUGCCUUAAGGUGAAGGUUUGUUUACUUUUCAUUCAUCACCAGAAGACAUAUCUUCUUGCUCAAACUAUGUCAGCCAUUUUGAGACCAUGAAGACAAAGCUUCUUUGCUGGGGUUAGAAGGCAGAAGGAAGCUGAGUCCUUAGUAAGGUCAAUGAGCCUCUGACUUAACCAAUCCUAGAUUCUUACCUUGGAGCCUCUUGUUAUAUGAGAUAAUAAACUCUGUGCAUUGCACAGCCUUUUUGAUUGAAACUUAUUAUCUGUGGUUGCAGCCAUAAGCCUCCUAAGAAAUGAUGCAUAAAAUACCCCAGGUAGAUAACUGUCCCCUUCUUUUUUAACUCCCUUAAAAUAUCCAUCAGAGCCUUCUUUUCGAUUUCCACUUCCAUCACCUCAUCUGGAACUAAAUCCUCAUUACUCCUAUUGCAAAAGCCUCCAAGACUAGAAUUUUCCAAACUUUAGUCAUUAGAAUGCACAUUCCUAGUGUUUUUUCCCAUAUGGAUACACCACCUGUCUUAGAAUUGACUUAACAUUUUUCCUUAGUUUAACUUGUUUCACUUAGAUGUAUUUGAUAGUAACCUUUCUAUAAUAAUAAGAAAUGGGAAAUAAGUACUUCCUAUCAUACUGGAAAGUACUCAUUCAAGUAAAAUGAACGCAAAGCAACGUGAUUUAUUUGUAGGGAGACAACAUUGCUGGUAGAAGUUCCUAGUCUGAGGCUUGUUCUCUCUUUAUUCAAAAGGAGAUUAGAGGGUAUUUGAAGGGGGUCAAAAACUCCCAGCAAACUGAUGCCCUCUCUCAAACACUAACAGAAGAGGGUCCACAGAGUUGAAAGGGAAACAACUUUCUCAGAAUGCAAUUACAUGUUUAUUUGAACUGUG